UAUAAAAUAUUCCACUCCACCGUGUUCGCAAUGCAAUGCAUAGGGGGCGUGGCUGCGUGAGCCCACCUCAUUCCAGAAACAACGACGCUAACGUGCGCCUCUCACUCUCCUCGACAAAUUCCAUUAACGCCUCCGUUUCUCACUGCUUUCGUCCCCUCAGGUCUGGAUUGUCCGUAAUCCCUCUCUCACUGACUUUACCUCUUUCCUUGGGGCUUACUAAACCCUGGAUUUUUGUUAUUGCCAUUUUUUUUCUCUUAGAAAUCUUAUUUCCUCAUUGGAUUUCAUGCACUAGAGAGGGUUUAGGACGAAGGCAUUGACGAUUCUUUGUGGAAAACUCAUUAAUUGAAAGAAACUCUAUCCACUUUUAGUUGUGAAUAUAUGUUUUUUGCUGAAUAUUUAAGGAUUUUGAAUUUUUUUGGCUUAUGGCUUUAGUUGCUUGAAGGAGGGAAUCUUUAUUUGAAAUUAUGAGCUUUGGUUUUUUGGUAAUUGAGAGAUGGAAAGUGAUGAUGGUUCAAAUUCCAAGACAUGUCCGGAAUUGCAAUUUGAUUUGGGGAAUAAUGUUGAACUAGGGUUAGAGAAGGUUUCGUUACGGAAUUCAUUGAAACCUAAUAACAAGAAAAUGGAUGGUGGCGGUGGCUUUAAGAAAAGAUUAAAGGUUGCAGCUGCUAAGGUUGGUUUUGAUGCAGAUGAUGAUGAACCCAUUGGGUAUUUGUUGAAGUUAAGGAAACCUAAGAAUCCUAGAAAGGUUAAGGCUGGAUUGGAGGGCAGUGCUGAGAAUUGUCUGAAGGUUGAAGUUAAGGUGGGUAAAAGUGUGGGCAAGGAUGAGGAUGAUUUGGGGGGAAUGGAUGAGACAUUGGCUAUCUUUUGGAAGAAGUUGAAGGGUCCCAAGAAAGGUAUUGAACCUGGAACAAUGAGGGGAAGGGGUUAUACUUUAAAUGAAUUGGUUGAGGAUGAUGCGGUUUUGGGUGGGAAAUUUGUAUUGAAGACUCUGGAGAAAGGUCAGGAUAUUGGUGAAGACAGGUGUGAUGUGGUUACUGAUAAAGUGGUGGACAAAAAACAUACAGGGAAAGUGAGGAGAGCCAAGUUUGAUUCAAAACCAAAGCCCAUUGGAAUUGAUGAUGAAUCAGAAGGGUUGGAAUCUCAGCUUGAGGAAGACCAGAAUGAGGGAGGCUUGUGGCCUGGGGAAGGUUCAAAUCAGUCUUUGGAUGAGAAGUUGGGAGAGUCAUUGUCUACCUUUUUCCAGAAGGCACAAUCUGUUUCACUAAGGAGAUCUCUCUCAAAUUCGAGUUUGAAACAGAAUUGCAAGGCUACCCAUCAUGCUUCUGCUUCAAAGAGCCCAAGUAGGAAUUCUGAUGAUAGUUCUUAUUCAGUUCUUUGUUCAAGCUUGUUGCAUUCAUCCUCCAAAGAAUGCAUCACAGCGGAGAAUCAAAGAUUAGAGGAUGCUGUGUGUCAACAAGAAAGCAUUUUGGAACCAUGUGACUUAAAUGUUCAAAAUGGAUUUACAGAGGAUCCAUGUAGGUCACCUAAAGUUUGUGACAAGGAUGGAAAUUGGCAUUCAAAUGUUCAGCUCAGGGACAAUCGUUCAGCAAUUGACCUGAGGGGCAAACCAGAAAGAGAAGGUUUAAAGGAUGGAUUAGAGCUUCAAUGUACUGGUAAAAUAGGCUGUUCAGUGCCCUGUUUAGUUGAAAUGCCCAACUCUCUUUCUUCCUCAAAGCAGAUAGAAGAAAUGCAUGGGUCUGCUGAUGGAGGUUUGGUUUGGCAACCUGUGAAUAUUUCUGACAAACACAUUUCAAGUGCAGAUCUCAAAAUUUCUUUAGCUGGGAAGGAAAACUCUGAAGAGGCUGCAAAAUUAGAAAGUGGCUGCAUCGACCAUCUGAGGCUGCAUCAACCAUCUGAAGAUGCAUGCCAUGGGCCCUGUGUUGCCAGCCAUGAAUGUUUUUUCAUCAACGAAGAGGCUAAUAGAGAUUCUCCUACAUCUUUAACACCUGAUGAAAAUGAAAGUUUCCAUGAAGAUGCAGUCUCUCUGCCUAGUUCUGAAAUCAAAGAGAGUAAGUCAUCAGCUGGCCAGCGAGUGGGGCGCAGUAUUAAAAAACGUAGGCAUGGAGAUAUGGCUUCUGAAGGGGAUGCUGAUUGGGAGAAUUUGUUAAAUGAGCAAGGUUUUUUCGGAAGUCAACAUUUUGUAGACAGUGAUCAUUCCUUUAGAGCAAGAGAGAAGUUUGCUGAGGCAGCAGUCUCAGCUGGCCUAAAAGCUCGUGCUGUGGGUCCACUUGAGAAGAUCAAAUUUAAGGAGGUCUUGAAGUGUAGAGGUGGGCUACAGGAAUAUUUGGAAUGCAGGAAUCAUAUCUUAGCUCUUUGGAGUAAAGAUGUUACCCGAAUUUUGCCUCUUGUUGACUGUGGUGUUAGUGAUAUUCCUUCAGAGAAUGACCCACCCUGUGCUUCCCUAAUUAGGGAUAUAUAUGCAUUUCUUGAUCAAUGUGGUUUUAUAAACUUUGGAAUAGCUUCCAAGAAAGAGAAGGCUGAACUUAGUGCUAAGCAUAACUACAAACUUCUGGAGGAAAAAACUUUUGAGGGUAGUUCUGGCACCUCUGUUGCUGAUUCAGAGGAAGGAGUUGCCUUUACCCUUGGUCAGGUCAAGACUUCUGAAGCUUCUAUGGAGGCAAAGAAUGGUGUUAGAGUUGAUGAUCAAAACCAGGCACCUCAAGCCACAAUAUGUGAAGUAUUGGUUGAUUCGAUCACACCAGAAUUACCUAAUGUAAAAGAACAAGAAGAAUGCCCAAGUGAUAAUUGCCAGCAAAAUGGAAGUAUCAAGGCAAAACUAAACCUUGGUUUGAUUAAUUUGCAGGUUCCAAAUGCUGAUCUACCUUGUGAUGCAGUUGACAUGGGAAUAGCCCCCGUAGUAACUCUGGAAGAAAGGAAUGAUUCACAAUAUGUUCAAUCUGCUGCUUAUGAUAAUCCUGAGUGGAACCACCACUUGCAGGGUGAUUCAGAGGUCAGAAAAGAAAUUAUAGUUGUCGGAGCUGGUCCUGCUGGAUUGACUGCUGCACACCACUUGCAACGUCAGGGUUUUUCUGUAGUUGUACUUGAGGCUAGGAAUAGGAUAGGAGGUCGUGUUUAUACAGAUUGUUCCUCUCUUUCAGUACCUGUGGAUCUUGGGGCUAGCAUUGUUACAGGAGUUGAGGCUGACGUGUCCACUAAUAGAAGACCGGAUCCUUCCUCAUUGGUUUGUGCACAGUUGGGACUAGAGUUAACUGUUUUGAAUAGCUCCUGCCCUCUUUAUGACAUCAUAACUGGUCAAAAGGUUCCUGUGGAUCUAGAUGAUGCUUUGGAAGCUGAAUACAACGCCCUUCUUGAUGACAUGGUGUUUCUUCUUGCUCAAAAAGGUGAAAAAGCAAUGAGAAUGUCUCUUGAGGAUGGUUUAGAAUAUGCUCUAAAAAGGCAUCGCAUGGCAGAAAUAGGAGCAGAUAUUGAAGAAACAGAAUCACAUUCUUCAAUGGAUGCUUUAUAUGAUUCCAAAGCAAGCAAUGUCAUUGGAAAAAUUCCAGAAGAAAAAUUUUCUGAAGAGGAGAUUUUGAGUCCCCUUGAGAGAAGGGUUAUGAAUUGGCACUAUGCCCACUUGGAGUAUGGUUGUGCUGCUUCGCUUAAGGAAGUGUCUCUUCCCCACUGGAACCAAGAUGAUGUUUAUGGUGGCUUUGGAGGAGCCCAUUGUAUGAUUAAAGGGGGUUACAGCACAGUGGUUGAGUCUCUUGGAGAAGGACUUUUCAUCCACUUGAACCAUGUAGUCACAAAUAUUUCAUACAGUCUGAAGGACUCUGGAAUUGAUGAUAGUCAAAAUAGGCAGGUCAAAGUUUCUACAUCAAAUGGCAGUGAGUUUUCAGGAGAUGCUGUGCUUAUUACUGUGCCUCUUGGCUGCUUGAAAGUGGGAGCCAUAAAGUUUUCUCCUCCAUUGCCCCAAUGGAAACAUUCUUCCAUACAGCGGCUUGGUUUUGGAGUUCUUAAUAAAGUUGUCUUGGAAUUCCCAGAGGUGUUUUGGGAUGAUACUGUGGAUUACUUUGGAGUGACUGCUGAGGAAACAAAUAGUAGAGGCCAUUGCUUUAUGUUUUGGAAUGUCAGAAAAACUGUUGGGGCUCCUGUUCUUAUAGCUGUAGUGGCUGGUAAGGCAGCUAUUGAUGGUCAAAGUAUGAGCUCAUCAGAUCAUGUAAACCAUGCAGUAAUUGUUCUCCGUAAACUUUUUGGAGAGGCUUCAGUUCCUGAUCCAAUUGCCUCAGUAGUGACUGAUUGGGGCAGGGAUCCUUUCAGCUAUGGUGCUUACUCUUAUGUUGCCAUUGGAGCAUCUGGAGAAGACUAUGAUAUGUUGGGCAGGCCUGUUGAGAACUGCUUAUUUUUUGCUGGAGAAGCUACCUGCAAGGAGCAUCCUGACACAGUUGGUGGUGCAAUGUUGAGUGGACUUCGGGAGGCUGUGCGACUCAUUGACAUAUUCACCACUGGAAAUGAUUAUACAGCUGAAGUAGAGGCAAUGGAGGCUUCACAGAGACGGUCAGAAUCAGAAAGGGAUGAAGUUAGGGACAUAAUUAAGAGACUUGAAGCAGUUGAACUUUCUAAUAUCUUGUACAAAAAUUCUUUGGAUCGAGCUCGGCUUUUGACUAGAGAAGCAUUAGUAAAGGACAUGUUCUUUAAUGUGAAAACCACUGCUGGACGAUUGCAUCUUGCCAAAAAGUUGUUGGGUCUUCCAGUUGAAUCCUUGAAAUCCUUUGCUGGGACAAAGGAAGGGCUUGCCAUACUCAACUCUUGGAUGCUGGAUUCGAUGGGGAAAGAUGGGACUCAACUGUUGCGCCAUUGUGUUCGUCUUCUUGUGCUUGUUUCGACUGAUCUACUUGCAGUUCGUUCAUCCGGCAUAGGGAAAACUGUGAAGGAAAAAGUUUGUUUACACACAAGUCGUGACAUACGUGCUAUAGCAAGCCAGCUUGUUAAUGUGUGGCUUGAAGUCUUCCGUAAGGCAAAAGCUUCUUCAAAGAGAAAAUCCCUUAAAGAUCCAGCUUCAGGAAAGCCACCUCUGUGUGUGCAUCAUGUUGCUUUUGAGAAUAAACAAAGCUUGCAGGAUCCUUUUUCUGCUGGAAGCCAGUAUCCUUUCAAUGUGAAAGAGAAUGGCAAAUCAAUGGAGAUGGAGGUAGAAGCCGUGGCAAUGUCUGAGGAAGAACAGGCUGCCUUUGCUGCUGAAGUAGCUGCUCGAGCUGCAGCAAAAGCAGCUGCUGAGGCACUUGCAUCCACAGAAGCCAACUGCAACAAAUUGCUACAGCUUCCCAAGAUUCCUUCUUUUCAUAAAUUUGCAAGAAGGGAGCAAUAUGCACAAAUGGAUGAAGGGAAGUGGCCAGGUGGUGUUUUGGGAAGACAAGAUUGUAUAUCAGAAAUAGACUCUAGGAACUGCAGAGUUAGGGACUGGUCUGUUGAUUUCUCUGCUGCUUGUGUUAACCUCAACACUUCCAGAAUGUCAGUAGAUAACCUGUCUCAGAGGAGCCACUCAAAUGAGAUUGCUAGCCGCUUGAAACUUAGAGAGCACUCUGGAGAAAGUUUGGCCAUGGACAGCAGUAUCUAUACAAAAGCAUGGGUUGAUACUGCUGGUAGUGGGGGGAUUAAGGAUUAUCAUGCCAUUGAGAGAUGGCAGUCCCAAGCAGCUGCUGCUGAUCCUGAUUUCUUCCAUCCGACAAGGCAUGUGAGGGAUGAGGAAGAUUCAAAUAUUAGUUCAAGGCAACCAACCUCGAAGCAUGAUGGACGAGCGAAUGAGAGCUCCAUCUCCCAAGUUACAGUAAACAAGGAGCGAUGUAAAAAUCAUCCUUGUGGAGCUGAUCGUAUUAAACAGGCUGUUGUUGAUUAUGUUGCAUCACUGCUUAUGCCCCUUUAUAAGGCAAGAAAAAUUGAUAAGGAGGGUUACAAAUUGAUAAUGAAGAAAACUGCAACAAAGGUAAUGGAGCAGGCAACAAAUGCAGAGAAAAACAUGGCUGUUUCUGAAUUUCUUGAUUUCAAGCGCAAAAAUAAGAUUCGUUCCUUUGUGGACAAAUUGAUUGAGAGGCACAUGGCGAAUAAACCAGUCAUGAAACCAUGAUGCUGUGAAGGGUUGACUGUAUGCUUCAUUGGCUGCUUCUCUGCAAGACCUACAAUAGCCUCUCUCUCUCUGCAUGAGUUCAUUACCUUAAAUGAUGGUGGUGCUGCACAAAGAGUUCUACAAUCUGCAGUUCACGAUCCAGAAGGUGUCCAAGGAAGAAAAAACGUGGUUCAGUGUUUUAAGAUCUUGAUUGACCCCGAAAGCAGAGCAAAAGUCGCCCAAGUUAAUGUGUUCUUGCAAAUUUUAUCGGAACUGGUACUGGAAUAUGGUAGAGGGGGCUGUUUUUGGAUGUUGAAUUGGCUUCUUUAUUGUGAACAGGCUCAAUAAAAGUGUUGUGGCUCAUCCAUCUCAUCUGGAUUCUGGGCAAUCGCUUGGCGGUGAAGGUGACAUCAAAAUCCUUAUAUUCAUUGGCUAAAUGACCUUGUACUUCGAAGGGUGGCAGUCAAGACCCAAAAUUUUAUCCUGGGAUUCCCACAGAUGAGACAUUACUUGUCUUGACUUUUCUUCUUGUUUUUGAUGUGUACAGCUUAGUAUUCUUUUACUGAUGACGAGCAUACAGAGAUCGUCUAUCUGGAAAUGCUUCAAUAUUGUCCUGAUUUUUUAAUUGAACAUCACUUGCUAACUUCAAUUUCUUUCUUCAAAUCUUUGUAUAAGGAAUGUCGCAUUACAUGCACAGAAUGAAUCUGAGGGACAGUAUCUACAUUGUCGUUGUUUGUAUGGCGCCUGUAUUGGGGGCUUGGGUUUGAAUUGCAUGGCAUCAGCGUGCAUGGAGCCUUUUUUUUUCUCCGUACCAUGAUUGAAGACUUUGAGCUGUGUCCUAUGUGAUAUUUAAAUUGAAAUAAUUCCAACUUUCUACAUUAAUAAUGUAUAUCAACUGCUGGGUAAGUUAGAGGCAUGUACUAUGCGAUACUAGCUGGCUGUUAUAUUUUAUACACUUGUAUAUGCAGAAUGUAAAUAGUAGAAUAUCCUUUUUUUAUUUCCUGGUUAUUACUUCAUCGCUAACAC